AUGUUACAAUCACGAUGGGCGCCCAAGGCCGAAUCGGCGACAGAGCCAACGGCACCAACCGAGACGCAAGAGGCCGCAGUAUCGAAUGCGCCCACACAGCCAGAGCCAGAGCCAGAGCCAAUACUAGCCAGUUACGCUCCUCCACCCGCUACCAUGUCAUAUGACCCCGCCUAUGAUGAUCCGUCAAUAGACCCAUUCGCUCAGACUGCAAGCACCGACGACCUCUUCUUCGACGACGAUAUCAUACCCAUAGCCGAACCCGUCGUUGAGCAAAGCCCUCUAGCACUGCACGCAUCUGCAGCCGAAUUCAUCCCCGAAGACAUCCAGCCUCCAACUGCGCCUCAAUCGCACCUGCCACCUCAUACACCCAGAGAGCCCAGAAACACGGAAAGAGGAGGUCGCGGCCGUGGACGAGGAAGGGGCCGAGGUCGUGGUCGCGGUGGCCACAAUACAGACAUCCGAGAAGAAGGGGAGAAGAAGACACACAGCGAGACACCAAAAGAAGCAGAGCCCUCGCCGGCAGCGGCCAACGCCUCGACUUCCGAGGCCACAGAGUCGCCAGCCACGUCAUCUACUCCCACAGAUCCCAAGGAGAAGCCUAUACACUCUGUCCGUGGCGACAGAACGUUGACUGGCGGUGCUGCACGCACGCGUCUCACUGAAGCACAAUUGAAUACCAAGCUUGCGAAUAUGCGCUCCAAAAACGAGGCCUUGCAGACUGCCCACGCUCGUGCAGAAGCUGACCUGGCCAAAUUCGAGGCUCGCGAAGCCGUGUUGAAAAAACAGGACGUGGAACGCAAGAAGGUUCUCGCUGAAAAGCAGAAGGCAGAGCGCCAGAACCGCCAGCAGAUGAUGGGUGAGCGCGAGAAGAACAGGCUGCGGAAGCUCAAUGCGCAAGGGGGCAGAGAGUGGGAUUUUGAGAAGGAGGAAGGCUUCUCGGGUACUGGGGAAGAAAGGCAGCGGGGUGCGGCAAGAGGAGCUCAUGGUGGCAUUGCGCCUUCAAGGCCAGCCGACAGCGGAUUCGCCGGCGAGCAGACUGAGGAAUUCGGUUCAUCACAGUCUUAUCGCGGAAGAGGCAGAGGUCGAGGCGGUCGAGGUGGCAGAGGUGGACGGGGCGACCACGAUGGAUCGAGACAGCCAGAGCACAAGAAGCGUCAAGACCAGCAACCGCCUUCUGCAACAGACUUCCCCGAACUACCUUCCUCGGCCGCUCCAGCCGCACCAAAGGAUACCGAUACACCCAAGGUCCUUGACUUCCCGAUCAGGGGCAAGACUUCGGAAACCAAGAACAGCGAAGAAGAUCGACCUAGCAUCAAGAAGCAGGAGUCUUUUGGCUUACCAUCGCCCCUGGAGAAAGGCCGCAGCUGGGCUGAUGAGGUGGGCUCGUAG